AUGCUUGUGAAACUUCUUGCAUUACUCCCAUUCCUCUCCUUAAUCCUCGCAUCAGCGGAUGAAUAUCAGUAUGACAAUAAUAUUUUUGAAUUAACUCCAGACACAUUCAACAGAGUCGUCCAUAAGACAAAUUAUACCACCAUUGUUAAGUUCUAUGCUCCAUGGUGUGGCCAUUGUCAAAACUUGAAACCAACCUAUAAGAAAUUAGGUAAGCUAAUUCAUGAGGAUGCGAAAUAUGCCAUCAAUGUCGCAGCCGUGAAUUGUGAUCAAGAUUACAAUAAGCCAUUGUGUUCCCAUUAUCAAAUCCAAGGAUUCCCAACCAUUAUGGCUUUCCGUCCUCCUAAGUAUGUUGCAGGACAAGAUCAAAGUCAAAAUCACGCUAGUGAGUUAUACCAAGGUGAAAGAUCAGUCAAGGCAAUGUUGCUGUUCUUAACUUCCAGAUUGAAGAACUAUGUUAAGAAGUUCCCUAGUGUCCAAAGUUCUAGUUUACAAACUUGGUUUAAUGAAGUUACAGGGCCAAAAGUCUUGUUGAUUGCUGAUAAGAAGUCCGUUAGUCCAUUGCUUAAAUCUUUGGCAAUUGAUUUCUUGGGAAGAGUUAAUUUUGCUAUGGUUGCAAAUACUUUUGUUGAUAGUCAUGAAAUUGAAGUUAAUGGAACUAAAGUGGAAAUUCCAGGGAAUUCUAAUUCUUCAUUGUUGUAUUUUGACGAAAAAACUAAAAAGUUUGUUGUGUAUGACAAGUCUGAAAAGUUAAAUAACUCUGUAUUGAUUAGUCAGUGGUUAAUUGAUGUUGCUGAUGUUAAGCCGGUUGAAGGAGCAUUAUCUAAGAAAGAGCAAAAGUUUUAUUCCAAAUAUAGAAAGGGUGAAAAGUCUACUGGUUCUGCUGCCGAUCACGACGAAUUAUAG